AUGGAGGAGGAGAACGUCAGCUACGGCACCCCUGCCAAUGGCGCAUCGCCCGGCAGCAAUCCAAUCCUCGCGCAACCACCUCUGGCAGAUGCGAACCCUGGCGAAGAUGUUCAAAUGGGCGAAACCGUAUCCACUGAGCCACCAAUCAAACAAGAUAGCACCACACCCGCACCAGGAGUUUCUUCGGACAACCCUCUCGAUGCCCCCGAAGGCCCCGCCCCCGACAAUGUCGCUGCCCAGGAUGAAGACAUGGUCGACGCAGAGGGCGAAUCUAAGGGAGACCAGCCCAAGGAUGGCGACGCCAACGGCGAGAGCACUGUCGGGAAGACGAAGGAGGCGAUUGAGAACGCUGCGCGCGAACAUCUCAUUUCCCAGAAGCACUCCAUCAUCCUGCCCAGCUACAGCACCUGGUUCGACAUGAAUGUCAUCCACACCACCGAGCGCAAGGCUCUGCCCGAAUUCUUCAACAAUCGCAAUCGAAGCAAGACUCCAUCUGUUUAUAAAGACUACCGCGAUUUUAUGAUCAAUACUUAUCGGCUUAACCCUGCCGAGUACCUGACGGUCACGGCUUGCAGACGGAACCUUGCUGGUGACGUCUGCGCCAUAAUGAGGGUCCAUUCCUUCCUCGAGCAAUGGGGUCUCAUCAACUACCAGGUCGACCCAGACCACAGGCCGUCCCCGACUGGUCCACCAUUUACUGGUCACUUCAAAAUCAUCUGCGACACCCCCAGAGGUCUCCAGCCGUGGCAGCCAGCGGCAGACCCCAUCGUCGCUCAAGGGAAAGCCAAUGCUGAUACUGAAGCCAAGGCCAAGGCCGGUCCAGUGCCCAAGAGCGAGCUGAACCUGGAGGUUGGCCGCAAUAUCUACGAGGCCAAUGCCAAGGGUGCUAAACUCAACAAGAGCGAGGGCAACACGAAUGGUGAUGGCCCCGCGACCAAUGGCGUGUCGGGCACGCCAUCCGACGAGCUCACCAAGGCACCCAUCGCAAAGGUCAACUGCCAGACGUGCAGCGCUGAUUGUACCAGAAUUUACUACCACAACAACUUCGUUGAUUCAGCGUCAAACACCAAGAAAAGCACUGACAUCUGCCCGAGCUGCUUUGUGGAUGGUCGAUUCCCAGGGAACCAGCUAGCUACUAACUAUCAGAGGAUGGAGAACCCCACUUACUCGACAACGCUCGACAGAGACGCGCCAUGGACUGACUCCGAACUAUUACGGCUGCUGGAGGGUCUGGAAAGGUUCGAUGAUGACUGGAAUGAGAUUGCGGACCACGUCGGUACCAGGACUCGUGAGGAGUGCGUGCUCCAAUUCCUGCAACUCGACAUCGAGGACAAGUAUCUGGAGUCAGAAAACUCGCUCGCGGCGCCUGUCGGAGUGUCGAUGCUGGGAAGCCAAGGUGGGCAGCUACCAUUCAGCCAGGCCGACAAUCCCGUCAUGUCGGUUGUGGCCUUCCUCGCCAGCCUUGCAGAUCCUGCCAGCGCGGCCGCUGCCGCUGGGAAGUCGGCCGAAGAGCUGCGCCAACACCUUCGGGGCAAGCUUGAGUCAAGUGGUGCUCUCGACGAACAGUCCAACGGAAAGGGCAAGGGCAAGGAGAAGGAGGGCGACUCAAUGGAGGUCGACAUCCAGCAGGAGACUACCACUACCACUACCACAACGACCACGACCACAACGAAGACCACGGCACUCGCCAACAUCCCCCUGGCGACGAUUGGGGCUCGUGCCGACGGGCUGGCCUCCCACGAGGAGCGCGAGAUGACGCGAAUCGUGUCGGCGGCCGUCAACAUCACCCUGCAGAAGAUGGAGCUCAAGAUGAAGUUCUUCAACGAGAUGGAGGCCAUCCUCCAAGAAGAAAGGCGCGAGCUGGAGCGGGGCCGGCAGCAGCUGUUCCUUGACCGGCUCGCGUUCAAAAAGCGAGUUCGCAGUGUGCAGGAGGAGCUGAAAUCAGCAGCUCUCGCGGGCGGCGAGCAAGGUGCCCGGAUGGCGCAGGACGUGGUGAUGGACGGCGACAGGCUGAACCUGCAGGCGGCGGCGGUGGGCGGCAACGUGCAGCCGUUGAGCAGUGGGGGGCAAAUCAAGAGCUACGAGGCAUAG